CAGCUUCGUAAGGUCAAGUUUGUUUCUGAUGCAGGAGGACAGUGGGUUCUGUGAAUUCCUGAUGAUGAUCUUCUCCAUCUGGGGAUGGCAUCACACCUUCCCUAACUGCAAGAACAUGUUUUGCGUCAUGCUUAACUCCGUGUCAUGGGUUACGGUACUAACUACGGUUGUGUCUCUCGUCAUCGCAUCAGUCGACCAGAGAUCUUGUAUGAUGGUUGCCUCUGUUUUCUUAAUAGUAACGAGCUUGAUAGCAUGCUUUACUGCAAACCUUGUUUUGGGCUAUGUUAAUGCUCCGCUGGAGGCCAAAGCAUAUGCACCAAGGGCCAAGGUGCUGAGGGAUGGGCAGUGGGUAGAUGUGCAUGCAGCAAAUCUGGUCCCUGGGGAUAUCAUAUUUCUCAAGGUUGGGGACAUUGUCCCUGCCAAUGCUCGUGUUCUCCGGUUUGAAAAGAUUGACACGAUGACUUGCUGGGCCAAAAGGUCUGUUGACUGUGUGCAUGGAUUCCUCAUAUACUAUGCAUGGACUGUGUCCUGUGGCCAAGGGACUGCUGUUGUUAUUGCGACUGGUCAUGGCAUUCCUAGAAGCACCCUGCGGCUCUACCCACAGUGUUAUGCUCGUCCGGGGCAACUUAAAGAGGGAAUCAUGGUUGCCAGCUGCUUCUGCUUUUCACUUAUACUUGUCGGUACCAUUUCUGAGGUAGUCUUGAUAUUCCUCUUCCAUAAACGCAACCUUGAGGAUAUGCUGCGGAACAGCCACUUUAUGCCAUUGAUUAGUGGGAUUCCAAUGGCAAUGCCUGUCGUCCUCUACCUGGCAUUGGCACUGGGAUCUCUAAGGUUUUGUGUGCUGGGAAUUGCUAGCAGAGGAACAGUUGAACUUGAAGAUUUGGCAAGUAUGGAUGUCAUCCUGUUCAACUUGACUGGUACUUUGACGUGUAAUAAACCCUGUUUCGCCCAGGACAAGAUUCAGUUGUUUGCUAAUGGCGUUGGUAAAGAUCAGGCUAUUAUAUUAGCUGCAAGAGCAUCAAGAUCCCAACAUGAACUGUAUAUAGAGCCAAUUGAUGCAGCCAUUCUAAGCCUCUUGGAUGAUCCAAAACGGGCAAGAGCUGGUAUUGAGGUCUUAGAGUACCUUUCCUGCUUCUUUGUUGCACUGAAGCUGAUGUUCCUAACUACAUACAUUGAUAGCAAUGGAUCCAAGUGCUGUGUAUUCAAAGGUGAUCCUGCAAAGGUGGGGCACCAAUGUGGCUGCAGCAAAGCAGUCAAAGAGAAAAUAAGCAUGGUAAUGGAAAUUUUUGCUCUUGAUGGGUAUCAAGCCAUAGCUGUAGGUCAUCAGAUAGACUCAUGCUGGGAGUUCAUUGGUCUUCUGCCUUUCAGAGAUGACCUCAGAACUGACAGUGCAGAUGCUAUCGAUAGCCUUAUCGAUUUCGGUUUGGAUAUAAGAGUUCUCACAGAAAGUCCGUUGUCGACUACAAAGCAAGUAUGUGGAAGGCUCGGAAAACUUGGCAUAAAUGUUUUACCUGCCCACUCAGUGUUUGAGUUUGCUCGUAGUAACAAAGAAGUUCACUUGAGCGUCAAUGGGAUUUCCGAUCUCUUUCCAGAGGAUAACAGCAAUAUAGUGAAAAUGUUAAGAGAUUUCGGAUGUCGCUGUUCAAUGGUUGGGUAUGAAUUUCUUGAUCAUGAUGCCAUAGGUGAAAGCUAUAUUGGUAUUUCAGUAGCUGAUGCCACUGAUUACACCAAAAGUGAAUCUGAUCUUGUUUUGACUCGGCCUGCCAUGGUACCUAUUUCAUCAGCUGUGCAAAUUAGUAGGGAGAUUUGUCAGAUUAUGAGGGGCUACACAAUCUACACCGUGUCAUCAACUGCCCAUAAGUUUGGUGUCCGUGUCAUUUUACUUUUAUGGAACUUCGACCUGCCAAGUUUGUUGGCAUUGGUGAUUGGUGCUUUCAAUUACUGUACAGCAUUUGCAAUAUUAUUUGAAAGGAUGAAUGUGAGCAAGUCACCAGAUAGAUGGAGAGUUAAGAAAAUCAUUGGAAGUAGUGUUGCUUUUGGUAGCUACAUAGUUCUGAGUACAAUCAUUUUUUUCAGGGCUGCAACACUGACAAAUUUCCUUUCAUAUAACUUCAAAAGUAGAUCUCUGAUGGGCGGUGAUGAGGAAAUUAGAGCUGCUUUGUUCCUUCAGAUGAGCAUAGUCAACCAAGCUGUUGUGCUGUUUGCUCAUUCUGAUGAUUGCUCCCUUAUCAGAUGUCCUGGACCUUUUGUCGCAGUUACCUCUAUGUUUACUCAGAUGAUCGCAACCCACAAAGCUGUAUACGGUGGCGUGGACUUUGCACUAGUAAAGGGUGUUGGCUGGGUCAGGGCUGGAUUGGUAUGGUUGUACAACUUUGUCUUGCUCAUGACCCCUGUUAUUAUUUAUCACAGAUGGAGGCGUGCGGACAUGACUAGUGAAAAAUUGGUGACUGUGUGCAUGCAUUCGCUCAUCCUACGUCUAUUUUUGCUCUGGUCACUGUAUGCAAUACUUGAUAUGAGGCUGCAGCAGCCUGUCUCUACUUAGGUAGAUUGAAACAUUCUUGUAGCCAGUCAUUUCACCGUGUAUCAACUGUAAAUGCCUCAAGUGAAGAAAUCAGUAUUGCAAAGUUAUAACGAA